GACCGACCGACAGUCAGUCAGUCAACACAGCCGUCGCCGACGUAUCUAUGUUCGUCUGUUCGUUCCCACGCCGUUUUAAUAAUAUAUUUGAAUAACAAAUCUUUAAAAAAUCGUCGUACUUUUUUAUUGCAAAUAACAUUUUUGUUUUUUUCAAACCGAUUUUUAUUCUGUUAGAUACCGGUCGCGUUUGUGUAAUGUGAAACGUUUACAAGACCGCAAGCGUUUGAUAGUUUCGGCAUUCAUUUUUUGGAUAACGUGUCUGUAAAAAUAUUGACAACAGUUAAAGAUUAUCAUCAUAAUUCAAGCACUACAGGAAUGAGCUAAAGGCAUCUUCCGUAUGUGGUGAGCAUCGCCGAGUACCCAAUCGCAUGCAAGAGCCUCGCAGUUUCCACAGACGAACUGACAGCGUUUUUACCAUCGAACGCCUUCGUCAUACUCAGAGGUACGCUAAAUUCGUGAACAGAACGCACGACUGCAGAGCAAAGGUGUAAUCGAAGGUUGAUACCGUAAGAUGAUAACCACCGUCCGGCGGAAAGGUGAUGAACAGCAGCAACCGACUCCGGCGACAGCACUCGACGAACAGCUCUCGACCGAUAUCGACGACACCGAUCGCGACACCUGUACCGGCCCAAUGCCUGGCCUUUGUUGAAGGACGUCGGUCUAUGCCAGUGGUGGUGGGCCCGUUCGCUAAGCCUUCCUCGACCCCGGUGGACGCUGACACCACGAUGGCCGCGUCCGUAGUAGUGCUUGAGCGUUUUCAACAGCAACCGUUUGGUCAUCACCACCGACCGCAUCACCGAGCCCAUAACAAGUAUGCCAGCGUGUCGGCCGGCAGCGCAUUGUCCAAAUCGAUGAGGUAUGCUGACGAGUGGCUAUAUGACCGCAGCGGCGCCGGUACGGUGGGGUACAGUGGCCGUAAGGCGCGCAGCACGUUUUUAGGCCGUGAACAGUUCGAUGCGGCUGCCGUGGCCGCUCUGGUCAUUGGCGGACCCGCGUCGUCCGCGGUCGCCGAAGAUCCCUACGACCGCGUCCGCAAGAACAGGAUGGCGUCACCUGCAACAAGCAUGGCCGUCGAUAGUAACCGGAACAGAAGCUGUUCGCCGCGGACGCCAUCACCGGACUACGACGACACCGGUGGUGGUAGGGGUGCGAAUGGUCGACGGUCGAUAUUGGAGUGCAAUGUCAACCCGUACGAUCUUUUGCGACCCAGCUGUGAUGACGACGAGUCCCCAAAAAGGAUGUCCCUGAAAGAUAAGUUUAUGAACAAAUUACAGGACAGCGUGUUUCCCAAAAGAGGUCUGGCCGCCAAAAAAGGACAUUCAUCGAGCACUUGUAGUUCUCCCACCGCCGUUAACGGAGGCGUCAAUAUUGCAGGACAUACGGUUCGGCUCUUUGACGGCAAAUCGCCUUCCAGUGACAAGCGCGGAACAACGUCUUCGGUGUGGUACGACGACGGAUCAACUGAGGACAACAUACAGUUGGAUGAUGACAAACCCAGACUGGACGUGAAAACUAAAACCGUGACAUCCGAGACCUUACAAAAUCAGUCACCGGUCAGGCCGCCGCGUCGCCGAUGUAAACCGACCGGAAGGGGUCAGUAUGGUUCGGCCAAGCGGUCACACUCAUUGACGGCGGGUAUCACUCCUUCUUCCGAAAUUAAGUCCAUUCUGAAAAAACCAGCGUCCCUGACGACGGAUGAUCUGAGUCCAGUGCGAACAACGAAGACGUUGGCGGUCCCUACUGCGAAGGACGCUGUUUUGUAUUCGUCCACGUCUCAGAAAAAGACAAAAAAACAAGUUCAAUUUGACAUAGAGGCACCGUCAACUGUCGAAGAAUCGGCAAACGAGACAGACGUCCGAGAAGAAGUCGAAUCGGCAGUCGUCAAUGGCAUUCAUCAAAACAACACAAAAGAUGGCAAAUUCUGUCAAGACGACGGUAUCACUCCUGUACUGGCAGCUGCGGUAGAACGCAAACUCAAGCGGAGCCUGAGCGACAGACAGAGUUCCAGCAACGGACCUAGGAUGACAGGCGCGUCGGACGUGGUGACCGUGUUCAACGAUACGAUGAGAAUACAUGUCAGGCACAAGUCCAGACUGGACAGCCGGUUGGCGUUCGACAGACCGACUGAUCCUCCACCCUUACCACCGUUACAGUCUACAAGCGAAAAUUCUACAGCCGCGGUUGACUCGGCAAUCACCGAGUUAUUCUUGGACGGUGGCAACGCAAAAACGGUGGUACAGGUGUCGCCUCCCGGUGAUAACCAACAAUCGUUGGUCGCUGAACAGAAGACCUCCAUACUGGUGAACACGUCGAGUCCGGGACGUCUGAAAACAUCGGUGAUCAUCGGCGAGGGCGGUUCAGCUUACGCCGCGACUUCCGACAACAAAGUGACCAUAAGCAUAGGGCCGACCAAUGGCACGUCAUUGCCUGCCGGUAACAACAAUGCGUACAACAAUUACAAGAGCAACGUAACUUUGGGGUCGGCUACUAACGGCAUGGCUGAAUUCAUCCGUUUGAACUAUGAUCCCGUUUUGGCGGCCAGACUUGAAGUGACGCCUCACGUGUGCGGCCGUCCAACCCGUGCGCGUCGCACUAGUACGUUGGUCGACCCGUAUAGAGUGUCAGACAUCAAUAAGCACGCCGAAGUUUCGGACACGGACGAUUCGUCUGAGUCGUGCUACGCUUCGGCCAAGGAAGACGCUUCGUACUCGUCGACCGAAGCCAGCAGUCUGCAUUACAAUGAUUCCGAUCCCAUUUACGAAGAGAUACCGGAGACGCCGCCGCCAUUACCGUCGUGUCCGCCGCCGGAUCGAAGCGACCACGACACGGCCGCCUUGCCAUCCCGUUCGAUAUUCGAAGGUGCCACAAAAUACGACAUUAUCAACUACCUCGUAGAUGCUAAACGUCGAUGUUGCGCCCUGCAAGACGCUGUGCCGCACCCUAAGUUCGUGGUGGUCGGUGACGAGCAAGACACUGCGGCUGUAGCCGCCGCUGUGGCUGCUGCCACUGAAGCCGCUGUCGCCGAAUCAGAUAGCGGUAACGGCGCCAACUGCAGCGAUUCGUCCAGCGAAGAAUACGGACACCUGCAGCAAGAUUUGGUGGCGAUGGCCAGCAAGAAAGCGUCCGUAGACAUCGAACGUAAUGAUUCCGGCGUAGGAUCCGAAACCAGCCAGAGCUCCAGGAGCAAGUGGCAACAGCAACAUGAAACGCAGCAUAGUUGUGAGGACUGUGAUCAAGCGGUUGAGGUUCAGACCACCGACGGGGGUAUCAUGUUCGCGCCGCUAGUGUGCCGUAAGUGUCACAAGCGCCGAGCCGAGCGCCGGGAGAUCAUCGCCGAGAUCGUGGAGACUGAAGAAAAGUACGGCCGGGACUUGGACAUAGUGAUGGAGGAGUUCUAUAGGCCCAUGAUGGUGGCUGGACUACUGAACGCGGAUCAGCUCUCGGCCGUUUUUCUUAACGUGGCGGAACUGCGCGAGCACAGCGCCGCCUUGUCGCAGAAAUUGCGCGAUGCCUACGAGAUAGCCGUGGAACAGGGUGAUGACGACUUGCUCACCGUCAACAUAGGCAGGCUUUUCCUUGAGGCGUCACCAUCAAUGCUGCACGCCUUCCAAUCGUAUUGCACCCGACAAGGUAACGCGGCUCUGCUGUUGGCCAACUUGGAAAAAGAGAAAGAGCUGUUGCGAAUAUUCUUGCGGGUGUCGCAAAUGGAGAAUGCCGUGCUCCGCCGGAUGAACCUCAAUAGUUUUUUAAUGGUGCCCGUUCAACGCGUAACAAAGUAUCCGCUGCUAUUGGCUCGACUAUGCAAGGUCACACCCGAACACCAUCUGGAAGCCCGGCAGACACUCAACGAGGCACGGCAUAAGAUCCAACUGCACUUGGAGCACAUCAACUCGCUGGCCAAAGACAUAAGCUCUACCAAACUGUGGAGGAAGAUCUACGCGAUCAACGGUAAACGGCCGGACAGCGAAGACUUGGCCGACAUCAAAUUUCGCAAGGCGGCCGUCGACGUGCUCGAAUGGUCCGGACUCGGCGAAGAAAUCAGGUUUGCGGUUGAAGGCCGUUUGCUAUAUACUCAACCGUCGGAUAACAACUGGCGUCGGGCUGGAAGAACCAUCAAGCUUAUGCCUAUCAACGCCAUUAUAGUCACUCUAGGCAAACCCAACGACAAUUACAAUCCGGACUCUGAAGACGUUGGAUUUCCCAGACAGAACGGCAUUCGGGAUGCCUCGCUGGUGCUGCUUAAGGAGAAGGGCGGUCGGAUUAGUCUUCUGCGGGAACCCAUGUACUUGGACCGGUGUGUGAUAUGCUGCGAGAACGAGCUGGACGAUUACUUCGAGCUACACGAGAUUACCACCAAGGACACUUACAUACUGAAAGGCCAAGACACCGAACAAACGAAAUUGUGGUAUAGACAGUUGCAAUACCAUUGUCAGACGUUAGGUUGUUGGAGGAAGAGGCGCAACGCUCUGGCUAACAUAAUGAUCAACAGGAACUGCACAUGAAUAUUUACAAUAGAUAAUUUAUUAUUAAUAUUAUGUUAUUACCAAAAAACCAGAACAAAAAUAUCCAAAUGUUAGAUACAUAUUGUAGAUACUGUUUUGCAGUCGUUACCAAAUUAUUUAUGAAUGGAUUUUUUUAAAUUCAUAAUUAAAUAAUCGUUUUUUUUUAUUACUAUUAUAAUUGUUAAAUUUGUGUGGUAUUCCAACGGCUCGUCGUGUCUAUCCAAAUUAUUACUACAUAAGUAAAUUAUUUUUUCUCAUAUAAAUAUAUUAAGUUAUAUUUUGGUUAAUGUUUAAAUAUUUGUAAUUACUGGGUUUAUUAAUGUUAAUUCGAUUAUAAUAUGAAUAUUGCAUUAAACACUACUAGCAUGUGUAAUUAAGUUGAACAAUUUAGUACCUAUGAUUAAAACAAAAGUAAUAAUAUUCAUAAUUUCUACGUAACUAGGUAUUAAUUUGUAGAGUAAUUUGUUCCUCGAUGUGUUUUGUGUUUAUUUAACAUUGCUCUAUCCCAAUGAGCU